AUGGCCGUGUCCAAAAAGGGUAAGGUCGGCUCGAGCAGUGACAGCGGCGGCGGGGGGGGCGGUGACGGUAGUGGGGGGGGAAAGAAGGAGGAUACGACGCAGCCGGAAGCUCUGGAGGCGCUGGUAGUCGGGGGCAACUUCACGCUCAACGGGAAGAGCACCAACGUCGCCCAGUACGACCCUGUCAGCGAGAGCUGGUACUCGCGCUUCGAGCCUCAGCUGUACCUGUACGGAAAGGCCGCGGGAAUGGUGUCGGACCUGGCCGUGUGGCGUGCUGGAAGCCACGACGCCAACCCGUACGACCUUCUCUACGUCGUUGGUGCGUUCGAUACCAUCUGCAAGGCCUGCCAGCAGCAGUACUGCAGCGCGGGCGUGUGGACGGGGCAGGUGUUCGACAAAAUCGGCGACGGCCUCUGCGGCGUGCCUCGGGCGACAGACUCCACCAUGAAGAUGUUCGCAUCGGAGCUGACACCGAGGGGAAACUUCUUCGUGGGGGGUACCUUCGAGAGCCGGGUCUGGAGCGGGGAGAAGUUCGUGGACGUGCGGAACGUGGCUGUAUACCAGCCCCGGAAGAACGCCUGGCUGCCUCUACAGAAGAACACGGGCGGCGGCCUCGGGUGCAACUGGGCAGAGGCUCGCGUGAUGAGCCUGGCGUGGAACGACGAGGACCAAGUGUUGUACAUCGGAGGCAAGUUUAACCUCGUCGAUAGCGAGUACAUCCAGCCAGGCCUAGCCAUUUGGAGCAACGACACCGGCAUCGCAGCUUUUCCAGGCGGCGGGGUCAGCUUCGACACGCCAUGGUGGGGAGACUCCUCUUGGGUGUUCGACGGAGUGAUCACUUCCCUCACUUACGACGCGGCCACCCGCAGCCUGUACGUCGCCGGUGCCUUCGACAGGGUCAACGGGGAGGCUCCCUGCCAAAGCAUCGCCGUGUGGAAGGUGGACGAGGGGUCAUGGGCCUGCCUCCACGAGACCAGCCACGGUUUCUCCGUCGUCACCUCCCUCCUGUACACCGGCAGCAUGCUCUACGUCGCCGGGGUGCCCGACGAGGACUCUUCCUGGGCAGAGACGUGGAGAGCCGGCUAUGGCUAUGCCGUCGAGAGCGGUAGCGGUAGCGGUAGCGGUAGCGGUAGUAGCGGCGGCGGUGCGGUCAACGCGACGCAGUACACGAUCGCUCGGAUGAGCCAGAGCCCGAUGCGCUUCCACGGGAAGUACGAGAAGUGGGGGGAAGGGGGUGGGGCGGACGAUGCUGGGGAGGAGGACGAGAAGGAGAAGGAGGGGUCAUCUUCUCAGGGCGCGUUCGUGGACAGCAUCUUCAUCGGGGGCGAGUUCACUCCCCCUGUCCUUGUCUGGAGGAACGACCCGCACAUCGGACCUUCCACGACGGCCAUCGGGGCGGAGGGGGAGCUGAAGGGCUCGGUCACCUCCAUUACCCAGAUGCUGCUACCCCCGCCGGGCGAGACGUCUGGGGGAACUUCGGAGUCUGGCGGAGCCGCUGCCGGGGUAGCAGCUCACGCUGACGACGAGGACAGCGGGACACUCACCCCGGGCCAGGAGAACGCCAUCUGGAUCGUGAGCGAGCUCUGCCCCCGAGGCAGCCUGAGGCAGGUGCUCGACGACAGGGGGACGCCGCUAACCCCUUGGGCUAGGCUGCGGGUGGCGGUGGACGUCGCUGAGGGGAUGCUGUACCUGCACAGCCGAGAGGAGCCGGUGAUCCACCGCGACCUGAAGAGCCACAACAUCUUCAUGAUGGAGGACCGAGACGAGAAGGCCGACGUGUACGCCUUCGGGGUACUGCUGUGGGAGCUGGCCACUCGGGAACAAGUGUACUCUGGGCUGUCAGCGGCUCAGAUUAUUGACCGCGUCGCCAACCAGGGGCUCCGUCCAAAGGCUCCCCGAGGCUGCCCUUGGAGCAACCUCAUGGUCAAGUGCUGGCAGGAGGACCCCCUCAAGAGGCCAGACUUCAGAGAGAUCGUGGACGUGUCCACGGCCCUGCUGGAGACGGUGGGAGGGGCCCCGCCGAAUCCGGACCGAGGAUCGAGGUCCCUGGAAAACCAUGGCACCGAAGCCCUCAUGACGCCGGUCACCGGUACCAGCAGUAGAUCAAAGGGAGGCUCGAGGCACACACAGCACCACCGCCACAAGUCCGGCAAGUCCAGCAGCAUGUCGGGGGGAUCGGGCACCACGCCUCGGUCUCUGUCGUCGUUUUCCUGCGCAGACGGGGCUUGGGGUUACACCACCAUCAGCAGCAACAAUUCUUCCUUGGCGAGCGGGGGCGGGGGCGGGAGUGGGGGGCGCAGCAGCAAGUCGAGGUCUAAGCGCUCCUCCAGCCGGAGGCAUCACAAGCACCAGCAGGGGGGCUCCAGCGAAGUGGGCGCCGGCGGCGGGGGCGGCAGGAGAAGGUUGAGCAGCAGCCACAAGAGCAGCACCGCCGUUGAUAGUGGCGGUGUCAACGGGGGAAGGAAUGGCGCCAAAGGUAGCGGUGGUAGGAGUGGGCACUUGGAAUCGGCUGCUGUAGCUGGAGGGCUUGCCGAAGGCGACGUAGUGGGGGCGGCCGCGGAGGGUGAUCAGCAGCAGCAGGAGGAGGAACCGUCGGAAUACUUGUUCAACCUCACCGCGGUCGUUUCUGACGAGAGGCUUAUGCUUUUGGGCGACGAGGACGCAGUAUCGUGGGGGGGCGAGGGCUGGGCUGGUGGUGGCGGCGGCGGCCGCAGGGGCGGCGGCAGUGGCGACGGCAGUGGUACUCCCGGCCGUUACCUGAGCGGAAACGAGGCAGACACGGAGCUGUGA